AUGGUGAAGGAAACAGAGUACUACGAUAUUCUCGGACUCACUCCCUCUGCCUCCGAAGACCAAAUUCGCAAGGCCUAUUAUCAUAAGGCAAUGCAAGUUCAUCCUGAUAAAAACCCAAACGAUCCUCGUGCCGCCGAAAAGUUCCAGAUUUUGGGUGAAGCUUACCAAGUUUUGAGUGAUCCGGUGCAAAGGAAUGCGUACAAUCAUAAUGGGAAGCGUUCUGUAUCUAGGGAAACUAUGCUUGACCCAAUGGCUGUCUUCGCCCUGCUCUUUGGAAGUGAACUGUUUGAGGAUUACGUAGGGCAUCUAGCUGUGGCAUCAAUGGCUUCUUCCGAGCUAGCUGAUGAAAGUGAGGAUCCAGAUAAAUUGCAUGAAAAAUUAAAGGCUGUCCAAAAAGAAAGGGAAGAAAAGCUAGCACGAUUUUUGAAAGAUUUUCUUGGCCAAUAUGUCCGUGGUGACAAAAAGGGAUUCUUCCAACGUGCAGAAUCUGAAGCAAGACGGCUUUCUCAUGCCGCCUUUGGAGUUGAUAUGUUACAUACGAUCGGCUACGUAUAUUCAAGACAGGCAGCACAAGAACUAGGGAAAAAAGCCAUUUAUCUUGGAGUGCCAUUUCUUGCUGAAUGGGUACGCAAUAAAGGACAUUUCUGGAAGUCACACUUCACAGCUGCUAAAGGUGCUUAUCAGUUACUUCAGCUUCAAGAAGACAUCCGCAAGCAAUUUAAAAUGGAUGGUAGUGGUCUGGAAAACGAUGUUGAUUCUCAUAUUCGUCUUAAUAAAGAUACAUUGAUGAAUUCGUUGUGGAAGUUAAAUGUGAUGGACAUAGAAGUAACCCUUGUACACGUGUGUCAAAUGGUGCUAAAGGAAAAUAAUGUUAGGAAAGAGGAACUUAAAGUUCGGGCUACCGCUCUUAAAAUUCUUGGGAAGAUAUUUCAGGACAAGAAUUCAAAAGGAGAAACAUUGAAGAAGAAGAUUGCUGCUGAUUCUGAUGACGAAGGAAGCAGUAGUGAUUCUUCGGAGGAUGAAUCGCCUAGAGCAAUUUCCUAUCGAACUCCCUUUUUUACUCAGGGUAUCGGUAGGCUCUUCAAAUGCCUCUGUAAUCCAGCAUUUGAUGUGGAUGAUGAAGAGAUAGUUUACAAAAUCAAAUGAUCCAUAUAUACGUAAGAACAAUGGAACAAGAAUUCUACCGACUUCAAUAUUUUGUUCGUGAGAUGAUAUACUAUAAGGGCAUUUCUAAUACCCUCUCAUCAUAGUUUUGGGAAGACAAUGGUGCAAGCCGUGAAUAACCGUGUUUUGUUGCUUGUAAUUACUAAUUACCACUGCCAUCAAGUUACAUGUGGCAUAACACUUGUUCAAGAGUAAACCUUUCUGUCAAUUCCAAAGCUCUUUUUCUUUUUCUUUUUUUCCUUCUCCUUUUUUAUGUUACAAAAUUGCAAAUUCAUAGUAACUUCUAUUUGGGUUCAGUUUAGACAGCUCUGGAACUUUACAUUCGAGAUACUUUUUGGGCCUUU